AUUUGAAGAAAACGGUGAUUUUAUUGGCAAUAUACAAAAAUAGGCACGAAAUUGCCGAGGAGCAAUGUUGUGGAGGUGAAAAGAAUUAGAAAUGGAUGAAACCGGUGGUGAAUGUGUUUAUCGUGAUAAGUGGUACGAAGUAGAGUGUGCAGAAAACGUGCUUGUCAAUAUACUUUCGAGGCUUCCGAUUAAGUCAAUUUUAGUAUGCAAAUCCAUUUGCAAGCAUUGGAACUGGUUGAUAAGUAGUCAGGCUUUCAUUGACGAGCAGCUACUCCGGUCUCGGAAAAACUCGUUUUACAUAGUUUACCCAUUCAUGGAUGUGCUGAUGGAGUUAUUUUUUGUGGAUAACAACGGUGAAAUUGAUAAAAGGUUGAGCUUCCCGUAUUGUGAGAACUUUUCUCCGAUUACAAUCAUUUGUUCUUUUGAUGGUUUACUCUGUUGUAUGAACUAUCCGUGGAAAGCGGACUCGGGAAGGGUAGUUGAUGAUGAAAUCGAUCUGGAAAUCCGUAUCUGCAACCCUGUUACAAAAAAGGCUCUAUUAAUUCCGAGAGGUAGCCUGUCCAAUGAAAAGCCUUCCAUCGGGGUUGCUUUUGGUCCAAAAAUCAAUGAAUACAAGAUAUUUCGGUUUUUCUCUGCCAAGUUCAUAUCCCUAGCUAAACAUCCAUCCCGCAAUAGUCGACAAUGUGAGGUAUAUUCAUCGAGCACUGGAUCCUGGAGUGUCAUAGGUCGUGUACCAUACUGUCCAAUGCAUUCUAGCCAUAGCCCCCUGGGGUCCAACCAUGUUUUCGUCAAUGGAAAGAUAUAUUGGUUUAUUGCUUUGGAUGAAGAUCCAUUAAUUCCGGGCUCGAUCCUUACGGUUGACUUAGAUGAGACGUUUGGAACCAUUAACCUUCCAGGAGAUGUCACAGAGCACUCAUACUUGGUUAAUCUCAAAGGCUGUUUAUCCCUAGUUUCUGUACAUGAUGAGGAUGAGAUCAUGAAUAUAUGGAUUCUCGACAGCAGGAACGAGCCUAAAUGGGAACUGAAAUGCAGAGAUAUCGUCCCCUUCUCGAAUGAUGAAUGUGCUGAAUUUGUAGUUGCAAUGGAGAAUGACCUUUUUGUCAUAACUUCAAGCCAGUACCAUAUCUAUGAUUCGGAGUACAGGUUUUGGAGGGAGCUUUAUUUACCAAGGAUGUUUGAAACGAAUUUUCCUGUCGCUUUCACAUACACCGAAAGCCUUCUUUCUUGUGGUGGACGGAUCGAUCCUACGAUUGAAUACAUAUCCCAAAGAAGCAUAUGACAUGCUCUCGAUUCGCUC